AUGAGCCCCAACAUUGAAAACGACGAACCCCAUGAAGUCGAAAAUCACGUUUUUCGGACCGAAAAAGAUUGUGAAGAGGCUUUGAGUGUGUUUAUAGGCAAAGAGGCCUCAUACGCGCCCGAACGAGGCUACUCGGAGCUUUUCGUGAACGAUGAUUUGAUUCGAAGUGCUCGGUUUAAUGCGGUUAAUUGGCUAAUUAAGGCUCAUAAGAGGAUGAAUCUAUCAAUUGCAACUCUUUUUCUAGCCGUGAAUUAUCUGGACCGGUUCGUCUCGUUCGCUCGUUGCAAAGAUUGGAAGAACUGGAUGUUUGAUCUUCUGUCAGUGGCAUGUUUGUCAAUUGCUUCGAAAUUUAAUGAAACAACUGCUCACUCGCUGCAUGAAUUUCAGGGCCAAUUUGUGGAUAUACUCAAACAGGACAAACAAAAGCCAGUUCAACUAAAACCCCUUUUUGCACUCAUGUAA